AUGGCCGAAGAGGCAUCCAAGAAGGUGGAAUCCAAAGCGCCGUCGGAAACUCCCCCGGCUCCGGCUCGGGCACCGGCACCUGCGCCGGCAGAAUCGCCUAAAGACGUAGCCGAGGAGAAAUCUGUGAUUCCGCCUCCUCUUCCUCCUCCGGAGGAGAAGCCCGAUGACUCCAAAGCUGUCGUUCUAGCUGAAAGUAAGACCUCUUUCUCUGUGUUUUCUGUUGAAUUCUGUUCUUUUAGUGAGAAUCUAAUGAGAGAUCUACCCGGUGGUUUAAUUUGGAUCGUGCAUGGGAUUGAAGUGGGUUGGGAAGCAAAGAAUUUUGAGUGCAUUGCACAUUCAAUGACUUCCUAUCCUCAAGAGAAUGCACAUAUAGUAGGGAAUUUGAGUAAAGGUAGAGUUAUCAACCGGUUACAUACUGAUUUCCAAUGGUAUCAUCUUAACAUGAGGGGUGAAGCUCCAGAACCUCUGGAAAAGAAGAGUAGUGAAGGUUCUAUUAAUAGAGAUGCUGUACUUGCAAAAGUUGCAACGGAGAAGAAGUUGUCUCUAAUCAGAGCAUGGGAAGAAAGUGAGAAGUCAAAAGCAGAGAACAAAGCUCAGAAAAAAAUAUCCGCUAUCGGUGCAUGGGAGAACAGUGAGAAGGCUACUAUAGAAGCUGAGUUGAAAAAAAUGGAGGAGAAGUUGGAGAAACAGAAGGCAGAAUAUAUUGAGAAAAUGAAAAACAAGGUUGCAUUGAUUCACAAGCAAGCAGAAGAAAAGAGGGCAUUUAUAGAAGCCAAACGUGGUGAAGAUCUGCUCAAGGCAGAGGAGAUGGCGGCAAAGUAUCGUGCCACUGGCACUGGUCCAAAGAAACUCCUAGGCUGUUUCUGA